UACUGAAAUAAAUGGCCCGCAAAAGAAUAAAUAGAUUUACCAGCAAGAACUAACUUCAUUGAAGCUUCCAUCAAACAUCAUCAAUACAACGGUGAUUAUAUUAUAUAUACUUAAAUCACAAUAAAAUCAAACAAUACCCUUCUUGCCUGCCAGCUUUUUAAUCACUCUGAUCUUCAAAUUUUCUUUCUUUCUCUUUCUCUUCUGUUCCUUUCUCUGUUUCUACUCAACAAUGCCACAAAUGUCAAAAGAUAUCUUCCAUCAAAUUCUUCUCUGUAACAUCAAAGGUGGGUUGAGAUACUUGUAAGUUUCUUAUUCAAAUCCUUAACAUGUCAAGUAAUCAAACUGUUGUAAAGGCUGUUGCUGCCGCAGCUGCAGCUACUUUGGUUGUGGUUGGGAUUUUCUUCUUGCUGUUCAAAAAGUUUGCAAAAUGCUGCCAGAAAAAUAAAGUUGAUCCAAGUUUCUGCAAGGAAGAAACCGGAGUUAUUCGUGAAGAAUUUGGAAAGUUUGGCAGAAAUGUUAAAGGACUGAUUGUUGAUGAAAAUGGGAAGGAUGUUGUUUAUAUGAGGAGAGUUGACGAUGGUGAAAAUACUAUUUUUCAGGUUAUGUUUAAUCCUAGUUAUGAAGAAGACCAUGCAGAAGAAAAGAGAGUCGAUGCCAUAUCAGAGAGUGCGAAAAAAUAUGAAUGCAGCGAGGCUCAGCGGCCUCCUGAUUUAUGCACUGUGAUUGGUCCUGCACCAUUACUGGCUUCAGAAACAUUUCAACCAACAGUCCCAGCAAAAAAUGUUGCACCACUGCCAAUGCCACCUCCUCCACCACCACCACUACCGCCACUGCCAACGACAGGGAAAAAAAAUGCUGCACCACAUCUCCGUCCUAACACAAUGACUUCAUUUUCAUCAACGAAACCUCCACCUGCACCAACUUCAGAGAAGUUAGAAGGGACUGGAGUUGGUCAAAUGAAACUGAAGCUGCUUCACUGGGACAAAGUCAUAGCUACAGCUGAACAUUCAAUGGUUUGGAAUGAUAUCAACGAUGGAUCUCUCCGAUUUGAUGAUGAGAUGAUAGAGGCUCUAUUCGGGUUCACCAAUAACAACAAGUGGCGUGAUCAUACUCAGUCAUCAAGUUCAAGCACUCACAAUCUAGUCCCAAGAACGCAAGUUUUCAUCCUCGAGCCCCAAAAAUCGCAAAAUACAGCAAUUAUACUGAGAUCCCUAGUAGUAUCCAGAAAAGAAAUCAUUGAUGCUCUUUUUGAGGGUCAGGGACUAAGUGCUGACACUCUUGAAAAACUAAUCAGAAUUGCUCCAACCCCAGAUGAAGAAGCCAAAAUCCUCCAAUUCAAUGGAAAUCUAACUGAGCUUGCUGAUGCAGAAUCUUUCCUCUUCCAUAUCUUGAAAGCCGUUCCUUCUGCAUUUAUUUGCAUCAAUGCAAUGCUCUUUAGAUCAAAUUAUGACUCUGAAGUACUUCAGCUUAAGGAGUCCUUGCAAAUACUUGAAUUAGGGUGCAAGGAGCUAAGGACCCGUGGACUCUUCCUAAAACUUCUUGAAGCCAUUCUCAAGGCUGGAAACAAGAUGAAUGCUGGAACUUCCAGAGGCAAUGCACAAGGUUUCGAUCUUAGUACUCUUCAAAAGCUUUCUGAUGUUAAGAGUAUUGAUGGGAAGACUACUCUACUCCACUUUGUUGUGGAACAAGUAGUUAGAUCAGAGGGGCGACGUGUGAUCAAUCGGAACAAUAGCCUUGGCAGAAAUACUAGUAAGAAAAGCAAAUAUAUUGACAUAAAUUCAACCAACUUGACUGAUGAAGAGAAGGAGAGAGAAUACUUGAUGCUAGGUUUACCAGCAAUUGCAGCCUUAAACAUCGAAUUCUCCAACUUAAAGAAAGCUGCCACCAUAGACUACAACAGCUUCAUUAAUAUGUGCUCCUUGCUUUCAACCAGAUUUUCAGAAGUUGAGCGACUUGUAUCAUGCUGUAGCAACAUUGAGAUAGCUGGGUUCGUGAAGAAAAUGAAAGCUUUCUUGGAGGACUGCAAAGAGGAGCUUAAUGUGCUGAGAAAGGAACAAAUAAGAAUCAUGGAUCUUGUGAAAAGAACAACCAAAUACUACCAAUCAGGAGCUUCCAAAGACAUAGGAGCACAUCCAUUUCAACUAUUUGUUAUUGUGAAGGAUUUUCUUGACAUGGUAGAUCGAGUUCGUGCAGACAUCAUUAAGAAGCUGGAGAGGAGGAAUGCUAAGACGGGUAUAGCAUCACCAUCUUUGCCAUUACAGCAAACUAAAGCUCCAGUGAACUUCCCAAACUUGCAUUCCAACCUAUCUAGGCCAACAUCUUCACCUGAAUCAGAAGAUGAUUUCUAAGGAGGUUGUCAGAAAUUUUAACAUCCUCAAAUCAGGAAUACUUGGGGAGGGAACUUACUUUGGUCAAAAGAAAAGCGACUACAAAA